AUGGCUGGCAACGAUGAAUCUUCCCCGCCCGACGAGAGCAACUCGCGUAAAAGAGACGCCGAGUUGCUCCAGGCGAUCGCCGUGUACCAAAAAGUAGUGCGCGGCAUGUUGAAGAUUUACGGCUUCCUCAACCAGCGUGUGACAGAGCACUUCACGAUAGAAGAGACGAAGUUGACCGUCACCUUUCGCAAAGUGGUCACUGACAGAGCGACGAAGCCUCUAAUCAGCUCAAUCAACGACCUUCACAUGCUCCGCGCUGCCGACCGGGACUUCCCGAUAACGGAUUGGUCGCUCCAGACUUAUCGUUACUUGCUGGGCUUUCUCGGGGGAAAGACCGGAGACUACUUCUCCACCUACAAGCUAGGCGCAGCGCAGCCUACUGCGCCCUCUGCUGCUCAACCCGGCUCUCCCGCCGGCGAUGUUGCUAGUGCUGCUGGCGCCGCCGAUGGACGUCUCUCGUGCCUCAGGCUACCACUCGACAAGUUAGAGCGCCGCGUCGAUCUUAUACAGGCGUUGGUCAAAUGCCUUGCGACUGUUAACCCCACAUCGACAAGCCUUGACGACUAUGCGUUCGCAGCUCUUCUCCUGACGCCUAUUCAUGUAUUAGAAGAUAUGCUGCAGAACCGUCGCACCCUCUACCUCCUGCGCCAUACACUUGGGCUAUCAGACACACCUGAUCCCGGCUCUGUUCGGAAUGCCAUGCGCCUCUUGGGCACGGAUACACAGCCCUGUAGCAUCAAACUGGAACGAGAUGUGUCGGAUGACGAGAAGGAUGAGAUCAGGGAGCUGGCUGAUCGACUUCAGAUCGCAUUCCCGCGAGAGGAGAGGGAGAGCCUGCUGGAAAGCCUUGCUCAACAUCCAUUUCCCUUGAUGGAGGAUGGCCGUGGACGGUCUUGUUGCUGCCUUCAACGACCCGAGCUCCGACCUCGAGUUCUCGUCAUCAACAUCAGUUUAUCGAUGGCGGGAUUAAACCUGCACCGCUGCUGCUCCCGGGGCACCAUCCUCCAGUACCCGUGGAACUACUGGGCCCUCUUCCAGGUCAUCUGCCCCCUGGUCCGCAUGAUGCACGAGGAGCUUGUCAUAUGGAUGUGCCGGAAGAUUGUACCCGAGACUCUGUUCACGGGUGGCAUCCCCGACUGGCUCUGCCUGUCUAUGCUCUCCAUCGUCAUCACCUGCGAGAUUCUGUGCCUCUCCGUCCCGGCCCAGCAUGAACAUCGAGUGACCAAAGGUAUACUGCACAUCUUCCAGGGUAUCCCGACCGAGGCCGUCUGGAAGACGUGGCGAUGUGCCGCGAAGGAUAUAAGGGACCGCACCACUUCUUCCUUUUCCCUCAACAUCUGUCGACUUACAAGUAGAAACGUACCUUUUAUCAAGUAUACCCCCCCCGCACUCCCCUCCUCCCGGUGGGCGAGCCCCGGGCCCGUCCGGAGCCGGCAGUGCCACUGCAUCGACUAGCUCGGCUUCGUCAUACCAAUCCCGCCAUGACCCCAGCAACAUGACGAGAUAGACGCAGAGAUGAAAAAUCCAAUGGGGAUGAUUCGGGCAAUGGCGGCUUGAGUGGAGACUUCGGAACAAAGGAGUUGCGUUCUGUUUCACCCGUUCGCUCACAAACAGGCACUGUGUUAGUGAGGCCUUCACCUUCAGCAGAGAGACGGCAA